UUCUGUUUAUUAUUUGCGUUUAAUUUGCACAAUUUGACUUUUUAGCGAUUCAGCGUAUUUGCUAAAAAAUAUUAGGUAGUAGAUUAGUUGUGCGAGAAAGCAGACCGCUUGCGAUCAUUUACGCGUUAUUGUAAUCAUUUUUUUUGUUAUUGAAGUAGAAAACCUUUAUCCCAUUUAACAUGAAGUGUUGCCAUAAAUUAGUGUUCUUAAUACGUAUUGACAAAGUUCAUUAGCAUAGGUACACUUAUCAAACCUUACGUCCGUCGUGCGACUUUGCAACAAAAUAGUAAACAGAUAAAUUAGCUUACCGACAAUUGUUUUAACUAAUAUUCCAUGCACUCAUAACGAAGGUGAAAAUGUACAGCUUUUUCGAGAGCUCGUUGCGCAAUAGCAAAAGAACCUUCUCCUUCAGGGACGAUCCUCAGAAACACCACAAAUCGUGCAGUGGAGUAGCUCAUGCAUCCGGAAAAUAUAACGCUACUUCUGACGAAUAUAACAGGACUUGCAAAAUACAUGAGAAAAGGAACUGCAAGUCCUGCGAGAUUCCUAAAAACGUGCCAUCGUUUCAAAAAGUGUCCAGCUUGAGCUCUGACGGACACAGCGAAACUGAAUCGGUCGAAUCCGGGACUCAGGAAGAACCAUUCGACAGGAACAAGCCGGAAAAUAAAUCUUUAAAGAAAAAAUUUGCGGCGUUCAAAAGAAGCGAUAGUGCUCCUGUGAAUUUGGGAGUGAAAAAGGACAAUACCGCUACGAAAUCUGACGAUCGGGCUUCAAAAAAUCCCCAAGAAAUUAGGCGCGAGAGACUCAAGCAAAUCCUGAACAGUAGGGCUUCUCCAACACAAAACAAGAGCUUUGAAGAAAGCCUGGUGCCAACGUUUCCAACAAAGAAAGAAGAAAACAAUUGCAGCUCAUUCAGAAGAAGGUUCCCGUCGUUCCGACGAAGCGGGAGUGCUCCCGAUAAGCUAGGAAAUGCCAAACCUAAAGAAGUAAAAGACGACUUUGACGUUCAUCUGGGCGGUUCGUCGAAAGAUCCCAGGGCAGAAAGACGACAAAGACUUAAAGAAAUUCUAAAGAGUAGGGCAUCGUUUCGAGCAGAACCUGGCCAACGACGAUCGUACACAAAAUCCUGUAACAGUGAUCACUCUUUUGAUGAGAUAAAAAUUCCUGCCACUAGCACCAUUGCUGCUGCUGCUGCUACUUCUGUCAUUAAUAAGCCUGAAAAAAUUGAAUUUAAAACGUCACUCAGAGUUUCUUUCAAUAGAAAAUUCGGGCACACCACCGUUUCAGGUGAUUAUUACAAAAACGUAGUACCGACAGUAAGCAAAAACAACAUCGCUCAAAAAUCCGUUAAAGUCGAAGAAAGCGUUCAUCAUCAACCUGCAACCGAAUCCGUUCCACAAUCUAAACCCCAAGUUCCUCCUAAACCCUCCGUUAAACCGGUAAAUGUGGUCGUCGUUGGUGGCGGAAGGCUGAGGACUUCUUUUAGAAAAAGCAUUAAGAAGCUUCAAAAAAUCAAAACCGCUACUUGGGAAGAGUUGUAUAAUAUUGCUUUGAACCGAAAAGCUACUAUUGGAGACGAGGGCAGUUAUCUUAAGAGUUGGAACGAUUUUAUCCUCCAAAGACUGGAGGAGGAAGGGAUAGAACAGGCAAAGACCGAGGACCAAAUCGCGAACGAAAUAGAAUGGCUAGAUGCGGAGAGGGUGUGGCUGGUUCACAGGGGUGGUUUCACUUGUGCAAAAAAAAUAACCACCACUGCGGAAGGCGAUAUUGGAAAGUUGCGUAUACAGAUCGAUCAAACUGGAGAAAUUUUGGAAGUUGACGAGGACGAUCUGGAAAAGGCAAAUCCUCCGCAAUUCGAUCGUGCCGAAGAUCUGGCAGUUUUACGGCACUUGAACGAAUCUAGUAUUUUGCAUACCGUAAGGCAGAGGUAUGCUUCCAAUUUGAUACAUACGUAUGCAGGAAGCAACACUCUGUUGGUGGUCAAUCCCAUGGCACCCCUUGCUAUUUAUUCAGAAAAGGUGGUGUCGUUAUUCAAGGGCUGCAAGAGCGAAGACAUGCCUCCUCAUAUCUACUCCGUAGCCCAGUCCGCGUACCACGACAUGCUGUCGACUCGUAAAGAUCAAUCGAUUCUUUUCAUGGGUCGGGGCGGUUCCGGUAAAACUACCAAUUUUCGUCACGCCAUUCAAUAUUUGCUUACAGCGACAGGUUCAGUAAAUAAAAUCCUCUCGGUCGAGAAACUGACGUCCGUUUGGACGGUUCUCGAAAGCUUCGGAAACGCCAAGACCGUUUUAAACGCGAACGCUACCAAAUUCACCCAAAUAUUCAGUCUGGACUUCGACCAAAGCGGCUGCAUCGCGUCUGCAAGCAUACAGACGUUGAUGCUCGAAAAGUCGCGGAUCGCGAGGAAGAACGAAUCCGAGGGCACCUUCCACGUAAUGUACAGAUUGCUGUCGGGGGUCGAUGGUCAUUUGCGCAAAGACCUCUUCCUCGAUCAAAUGACUGGCAACGAGCAAAACGCGUUCAUGACACCGUUGCAAAAACAAGAAGACAAGCAGAAAGCCCAGAAUGAAUUUGUCAAACUUUGCAACGCCAUGAACACGUUGGGCGUCAUCGAACAGGAGCAGAAAGUAAUUUGGCUCGUUUUGGCCGCCAUAUAUCAUUUAGGAUGCGCCGGGGCAACAAAAGCCGGUAUAUCUAACAGUCGUUAUCAGUUCCUAAAUCCUCAAUCGGCCCAAAGGGCAGCGUAUCUUCUGGGCACAACUGUCGAAGAACUGUCUCGCUUAAUAUUCGGACUUCCUUCGGGAAGUUUAGGAACGCCAAGUACUCCCAGGGCUCCUUUCAGGACUCCAUCUCCGAUCGAGAAAGGUAUCGAUAGGGAUGUCGUAGGUUUAGAGGCCUUGGAAGGAAUGGUCGUUGGUCUCUAUUCGGAAUUAUUCAAUGCUGUUAUAUCGCUCAUUAAUAGGUCCAUAUCCGCCCCAGUUCAUACGGUCUCGUCGAUACUUUUGGUGGAUGCGCCGGGAUUUCAAAAUCCCGCCACUUGUGGCAAGCAAACCGGCGCUUCGUUCGAAGAACUUUGCCACAAUUAUUUGCAAGAGAGGCUCCAGCUUUUGUUCUACUACACGAAUAUGGUGGCGCCUCAUAACAAAUACGUUCAGGAAAAUGUGGAACUCGAGGCGUACGAUUUUGAGGGCGACAACUGCAUCAACCCGCGUCCUAUGGUCAAUCUUCUCGAUAAAACUGCUCAUUCAACUGUAGUGCGUACCUCUCAAAGCGAUCUUCAGGAAUGUGACAGGCGAGGGAUGUUGUGGUUAUUGGACGAGGAAGCGAUGUGUCCUGGUACUUCGGACGAGGCUUUCCUUGAACGAGUUUUCACUCAUUACGGAGACAAGGAGCAUCAGGUUUUGAUAAGGAAAGCUCCGGGAAGCGGCCAGUUUGUUUUACAGCAUUUGCAGGGUACUAACCCGGUCUUGUACAACACUAACGGCUGGGUGAAGGCUAGCAGGGAGAAUCCCGUUUCUAGAUCGGCGGUUACUCUUCUUCAAGAAAGCAGCAAGGACGAUGUCGUGAAGAUGUUUGUUAAUUCUAGGGGUUUAGGUCCUUCUAGCUUCAGCGGGUCAAUGACGGGAAUCGAAGGGUCUCAAUCUUUGCGUAGGGCUUCCAGUAUUCGAAGGACAUUCACCGCAGGAGCGGCUGCAAUCAAAAGGAAGUCGAUCUGUUUACAGACAAAAUUCUCCGUGGAUGGUCUGGUAGAGACUUUACGUCGAACAAAAUUACGUUUCGUCUAUUGCUUACUUCCUCAGCACAACGCAGGUGUUUGCGACAGCAAUCCGACCCUGUUGGGGGUGUCUUCCAGCGAUUCCGAUCCCGAAGAUGCCGUCAUCAACGUUCCUUUGUUACGAUCGCAGUUACGGGGUGGUCAGUUGUUGGAAUCAGUCCGUAUGUGCAAACAGGGAUUCCCCCAGGCGAUGCCCUUGUCUGAAUUCCGAAGACGUUUCCAACUGUUGACCGGCGAGUUGAAACCCGCGAGUCCGAUCCUGGACGAACGGAAGGCUGUCGAAGACGUUCUUUUGACUUUAGAUUUGGACAUGUCCGGUUACAGGGUCGGCCUUAGUCAGAUAUUCCUUCGAAGCGGCGUUCUUGCCCAGCUCGAGAACCAAAGAGAUGAACACCUGGCAGGCAUGGUGGUCAGUUUGCAGGCCCAUUGCAGGGGCUAUAUCACGCGAAAAAAGUUGAUCCAAAGAAGAUUGCAAGACAUAGCAGUACGUUGCAUACAGAGAAAUGUAAGGAAAUUCCUUGUGGUCAGGGAUUGGCCCUGGUGGAGGCUUCUGGUGCGGGUUACGCCGCUUCUUAAUGUCCACAGGACGGAAGAAGAACUGAAAAAUAAAACGGAGGAAUUAGAAAACUUAAAAGCUAAGGUGGAAAAAUUGGAAUCCGAAAGGACUUUGUUGAAAUACGAAAAGGAUAAACUUGAAGCAAAGCUGAGCGAGAUGACAGCUGAUUUGGCCGAAGAACAUUCAACGUCGACCUUGGCGACGGAACGUCUCGAGGCCGAAACAUCGGAACGUAUGCGUCUGGAACGCGAACUUACGGAAGUGCAAAAUAAAAAUAAAGUUUUGCAAGAUUCUUCGGAACGGCUGGAGCUCGAAUUGCUCUAUGCCAAAUCGGACCUUAAUGGGAUUUCAGAGGAAGAUGACGACGGAUGUGCCGACAACAACGACGCCAACAUUUACAAACAGAGAUACGAAAGGGCAAAAAAAGAACUCGAAUUUACCAAAAAAAGGCUGCAACAACAACACGAAGACGAUUUAGAGCAGUUGGUGGGACUCAAGAAGCAACUUGAGAAAAAAUUGACGGACGCCUACGAAGAAGUCGAAGAACAAAAACAAGUUGUCGGACAAUGGAAGCGUAAAGUACAAAAGCUGAAUAGCGAAACCAACGAUUUGCGUCUUCUUUUGGAAGAGCAAAGUGCCAGAAAUAAUUUAUUGGAAAAAAAACAGCGCAAAUUCGACUCCGAAAUGCAACUCCUUCAGGACGAACUGCGUUCCGAAAGGCAAGCGAGGGAUCGACUGUCCAGAGAAAAGGAUGUGAUACUAACAGAAAAAUACAACGUAGAGACAAACUUGGCCGACACAAAAUUGGAACUCGAACUGAAAGAAGAGAAGCUCCGAGCUCUUCAAAAGGAACUGGACGAACUGACGCACGGCGGAAAAACCGAAGAGGAGAUCGCCGUCCUCCGGAAACAAAAGAUGGAUAUGGAAAGAAGACUGUUGGACCAAGAGGAAGAAUUGGACGAACUUGCGGGUCAAGUUCAGCUGUUGGAACAGUCGAAAGUACGACUGGAAAUGUCAUUGGAACAACAGCGCAAGGAAGCCAAAAAAGAAGCACAACAACGUGACGACGAAAUAGAAGAAAUACGAUGCAAUGCACAGAAGAAAGUCAAGGCAUUGGAGGCCCAAUUGGAAAACGAACAUGAGGAACGAACUCAGUUGUUACGCGAUAAACACGAACUCGAAAGGCGUUUGACAGCAUUUGCAGAAAGUGACAGAAAUGAUAGGGCAGGCGAUGAGGCUCUUCUACAAAGACUAAAACGCGAUCUGAAACGUAGCAAGGUUCUUUUGCGCGAUACUCAAGCCCAAUUGGAUCGUCAAAAAUCCGAAAAUCCGAGCAAAGCCGUUAUUAGACAGCUACGGAAUCAGAUAGAAGAUCUUGACUAUGCGAGAUCGUCCGCAGUGAAAGCAAAGCAGUCUGUAGAGACGGAACUCUUCGAAUUACAAACUACGUUGGAAGAAACUCAAAAGGGAAGGCACGAUGCCGAGGAAAAGGUCAACUCAUUGUCCAGAGAAAAGUCCGAUUUGCAAGCCCAAUUGGAAGAAAACGAGGAAGAAUUGGCGGAAGUGUUGAAAAAGUACAAGGCAGCAGUGCAACAAAUGUCUCUAGAUCAAUUGGCACUACAAGAGCAAGUGUCUCUUGUGUCCGAACUUGAAGCAGAAAGAAACACGUUGAAAGAACAAUUGGCCGAGGUGACCUCGAAGUUAGAGUCUGCUGAAAAUAUCGGCGAAGCUUCAUCGAAUCUUCUGGUUAAAAGGCUUGAAUUGAAGAACAAAGAAUUAGAGUCAAAACUAGACCUGGAGCAAACAACUCGAUCUCGGCUGGAAACCCAAAUAACAAGACUCAAGGAGGCAGUGGAUAAGCUUCAGAACGAGAUUGUUUCCCACAGGACAAAGGAGCAACUCGCUCAAGAGAACGUGCGAAAACUACAAAAGAACAUUAGAGAACUUAAAGAAGAAUUGGGCCAUCAUCAGUCGAAAGAAAACGAGUGGCUGCAGAAAAAGAAAGAGCUAGAGAAGAGAUGCGAGUGUUUAGAAGUGGAAGCAUCUGCUUCCAAAGCUGAUCUAAAACUGGCCCUUAAGAGGAUCGAAGAUUUACAGGCGGCGAUACAGGGCGAUUUAGAAGAGGGAACCACCGAAUCCGAUAGCGAACAAGUGAGCUAUAGCUCAGAAGAGUCUCUUAAUUCUUUUCCGUCGAAACUUUCCUUGAAACCAACGGGAUUCGAUGGUGAAAGAAGGCUAGUCUGGAACCAGUUGUCAGGUACCAGCAAAUCGAGCAGCAUGUCGAAUAGUCAAGGCAAAGAUGGAUCGUUUGCAUGAGAAAGGGCGAGCAUUUGUCAAUCACUGUCAGAUAUUUUUUGCACGAAAGAAAUCGAAGUUGUUUCUGUUGUCGAAGUAAUCUAAUUAAAAAAAUGGGGGUGGGAAAUGAAAAGGAAAAACAUGUGAUGUCUUUCUGGCGAUACGUGACCAGGAAAUUAGAAGGUUUUUUUUAUUAUCAGUGGGUCUAUUUUCGUCGUUGAGAAUCAAAACAAAGAUGAAGGAAGAAAAAUAAAUAACGUUGGGAUUUUUCCUUAAUUAAAGGGCCAAUUAAAUAUCGUAAUAAAGGACACACACAUACAUGUAACAUGUAUCUGUAAUAUACAUAUAAACACAGCGUAUUGAAUCGUAUUCUAUCAACAAUCAGUUAUUAUUUAUUUAUCGUUGUGAUUCAGGUAUGAGUACUUAUAGAUACAUAUAAAUAGGGAAAACGUUUUGUUUUUUUUUUUUCUCGGAAGUUUGCGGAGUAUGAAUGAGCAGUGACCUCGUGAGGUCGCUAAAUAAUGUUUUUUUUUUUUGUUCUACGGUUUGUUUGUAAAUAUUAUAAAAACCUUGUUUAAUGUACCUACCACUUGUAUAUUUUUAUUUAAAUAAGAACUACAGGUAAAUGAUAAUAAACGUAAUGUAUAAUACUAAUAAGAAUACAACAGCUACCGUGUUAUUAUUAACGAUAACAAUAGUAAUAAAUAAUAUUCUGUAAAGAAGUAAGCGCAAAAAUAUAAUCGAAGAAAUUCGAUCAA